AUGUUCCGGGCGAAUCCCAGGAUUUUCGCGCCAUCCUUCUCUUUAUAUAAUGGUACCCUUAAACUUAAAUAUGCAAUAAUUUUCCUGGAAUACCCAUGCACUUCACAAAAUAGUACACUUCAAAGCAUAAAAUCCCAAACCAUGAAUUCUGCACAUGAAGUGUGUUUCCUGAAUAAUAACACUCUGAAUGGUAACCCAUCAAUUCAUCACACAAAAAACUACAUAAACAUCAGUGCUCUUCAAAGAACAAUGCACUUUGGCACAUUCGCACGCUUCAUCAGUAAUGAAAAUCAACAGGAGUACUUUAUAAAUAAUAGUAACUCAGGACACGCCUCUACACUUCAAGUAGCAAUACACUAG